AGAAAUAGAGAAACCAGAGAAUCAUUCCAAGGUUUAAAGCAAGCAAAAUUCCAAAGAAAAAGAAUGCUGAAGCAAUUCUCAUUGGUUUUCUUUGUUCUGUUAGCUUGCUACAAUGGGGUUAAUUCUCAGGAACUGAAGCAUAUUACGAAGGAGCUUGAAGUGAAUGCGCCUGCAAGUGAAGCUUGGGAACUUUAUAGGAAGCUUGGCCUCCUAAAACUUAUUGAUCUUAAGCUUACAAAUAUUUUCCAAAGCACUGAGGUUUUGAAGGGUGAUGGUGGGGUCGGAACUGUUGUCAAACUCACUUUCGUUCCAGGGAAUUCAAGUUAUACAGAGAAAUUCACUGUGAUGGAUGACCAAAGGAGGGUGAAAGAGACAAAAGGCUUGGAAGGCGAUUGUCUAGCUAUUGGUUGCUCAGUUCAAAUCCUUGAAUUUGAAAUAAUAGAGAAAUCCCAGAACUCAAGCAUCAUAAAAUCUACCAUUUCAUAUGCUGUCAAGGAAGAAUUUCAAGCCAAGGAUCCAAAGCCUAGCAUCCAAAUCGUAGAAGCUAUUGUACAAAGUUCCAAGAAGUUCCUUGAGAGAAACAAUUAAUGAUGGUUAAAUAAUAAGUGUUAGCUAGAAGCAAGAUCGUCAAUAAAUUGCCUUUUUUGGGCAGAAAUUCUGUAGAAAGAAAAGAUAAUUAAAAAUGAAGAAGCAAAAUAUGCAAUUUCAAAAUAAUAAUUAUUGAAAUUAGUGUUUUAUUUUAAA